GGGUUCUCAGGUGUUGGUCGGAGAGAGGGAGGGAUGAGCGGGUUCCUUCUGCCGACGCUGACGACGAAGCGCGACGUCGAUAGCAUCAUCCGUGAUACCCUCGACACGGUCCUCCUCCUCCGCUUUGGCCGGGCCGCCGAUUUCCUCUGCCUUCACCUCGACGACAUCCUCUCUAAGUCGGCUUGGAAGGUCUCCAAGUUCGCAAACAUCGCGCUGGUGGAUGCCGACGCUGAGGAGGUGCAGGUCUAUCUCAACUACUUCGACAUCACCUUGCUUCCCUCCACCGUCUUCUUCUUUAAUGCUCAUCAUAUGAAGAUGGACUCGGGGACUCCUGAUCAUACUAAAUGGGUUGGAUCUUUUUAUACCAAACAGGAUCUAAUUGAUGUCCUAGAGGCUAUAUUUAGAGGAGCAAUGAAAGGUAAGCUCAUCGUCAGGUGUCCACUUCCACCGGAAAGAAUUCCCAAGUAUCGAUUGCUCUUCAAAGACGUAUAAGAGCUGUGUCCAUGUUAGAAGCACUCAGUGUGUAAUUAGCUGCAUGGUCUAAAUGAGUAUCCAAGUAAUGACCGACACUUUUACUCCAUUGUCAAUUUGCAUCUUGUAAGUUCUAAUUCCUACAAUGUGUAUAUAUAUAAUAACAUGAUCUUUUUGAAUUUUUAUUGAAUGAUCCAUAUGCCCAA